AUGGGAGUGGCCGCGUCCGCCAUUACCGACCUGCUGCAACGCUUCCGCGCUCAGCAUUCAGCCAGGAACAUCCCGCCAUUUAUGAUCUACCACGUGCUGCGGGCGGUCACGGUGUUGCUGUUGCUUGCUACUUCGUCGUUGUCGUCGACGACGACGACGAGCAGGCCGCCGCGGCAUCGGCCGAAUUCGUGGCUGUCGGCGCGGUUGAAGCUGUGUCUCGAGUUCCUGGAAGACGCGGGCCAGACGUGGCGGAAGAGGAGCGACUGUGCCGUGCGGGCGGUGUAG